AUGUGUAGUGUUCGCGUAAAUAUAAGAAAUCAUUACGCAUACAUGUUAGUCGGGCCUCUUAGUUUUGCCCAUCUUAUUAUAUCACCAAUUUGGUCGAUAAACUUACGUCUAGGGCGUCCUUUGCCGACUCUGCCACUCACUUCUACAUCAUUAAUUUGCUUUGUCACUCUUUCCUCACUCAUUCUUUCUAUAUAUAUUUGUAGGCGACCUGUAAUUAUAGUGGAUCUCUUCUCUUAUAUCCUUCAGUACAGAACAAAGCAGUGCAGGCACUGCUUUUUGGAGUCAGAGCUAGGUUUUUUCUUGUAG